UUUACCAUCAAAAUCAACAAUAUCCUUGAUAAAGUGCUGAAUUGGGGCCAUAAAACGAAACUGACUUUCUCCGACACCAAAACAAAAAUAAUGUACGUAUCACGGAAAAUCAGAAGACCAGUAUAUGCUCCAAUCCGAAUGAAUGGAACAAUCAUUGAACCAACAGACAAGAUAAAAAUCCUGGGCGUAUAUAUCGACCGACGAUUGGAUUACAGGCCACAUAUUCACCACGUCAUUCAAAAAACAGCAAAAAUCAAUAAAUCUGUCACCAGUAUUGCAAGAAAAACAUUUGGCUUAAGUUCGGAAGUGCUCAGAAUGAUUUAUCACAGUAUCACAGAGCCGAUAUUAUCAUACGGUGCAGUUAUCACACAUAAGGCGGUCAGAUUCAAACACAUCCAGAAAAAUCUCAGACAACUGGUCAGACCAAUCGCCCAAUCAGCAGUCAAAGCUUACCGUACUUCAUCAUAUAUCUCGGUAACUGCGUUGGCCGACUUCCCACCUGUUGAAAUCUUUAUAAAGUAUAGAGCUGCAGUGGUGAAUGCAAGAGUAACAGUCCAACCACCUAGUAGAAUCUUCAUUAAAUCCAUCAAAACCAAUCAUGGGAUCGGCUCUGCCUUCAUGGUCUUUGAUCACGAACACAUCAUUUUCCACAAACACUAUCGAUUGCCUCUUUUCUGCACAAUACAACAGGCUGAUUUAUUCACGAUGAUCAAUGCUACGUGCUGGUUUAAGAAUCAAAACAAUAAUCAGACAACUUAUAUCAUAACCAACAAUAUCAGCACCGUGCAACACGUCAAUCGGCAGGACAGGAAAAACAGACAACGAUUGGCUAAUGAAUUGAUUGACAACAUUGAAAACAAUAUCGUUAUAGUAUGGAAUAAAAUCGAUAAAGGAGAAAACUGGUAUCGGAAGCUUAAAAAAUACGCCAGAUCAACAGCCAACAAUCAACAACGACAAGUUGAUUAUCAACGAGUACCAAUGUCGUUUAUCAAGAAAUUUGAACAAAACAGGAUGUUAAUUAGCUGGAAUGAUAUAUAUCGGCGAGAUAGAUUUGGCUCAAACAUUCGAAUGAUAUGUCCCAAUGUACAAGAUGCACGUAUGUAUACGCCUUAUAUCAACAAAUUCGUUACACAAACCAUUACUGGCCAUGGCCAAUUUGGGGCUUAUCUCUCAAAGUUCGGCAUCUCUGACGAUAAAAAAUGUUGUUGUGGUCAUCCUUUUCAAUCGGUUGCACACCUAAUCAAUGAUUGCCGAAUGUUAAAUAGACUUAGACGUGACUACCGACAAUCAACUAGCCACAUCACCGAUCCAAAAACAAGAAUAAAAUUGACAGCAACCUUCUUCGAAAACAUUGCCAUCUUCGCAGACGAUCAUCGAAGGUCAAUUCACCGCCAACACCCACCAUGACCUAACCUAGCUAUGCUAGGGAAGGAAAUGCACUGGUAUCUGCCUGACACAACACACACAAUAGUUUUUAUGACACCCACACCAGAUUUUAUCAUGUAAUUUAUUCAAUCGAUACAAUCUUUUCACCAACUACAGAACUGGUAGAAGACACAUCGAACCAGAUUGUAUUUACACAAGACACGACAACCUUAACAAACAUAUAUAGACAAAACACACAUAUACAUUGCAGUACCAGAAUGACAGUGUCAGGGUGGCUCCCGUAAACAGCUACUGUCAAGCAACCCGGGAGCAUUGGCCAUGACCACCACAACAACGUGACCAUCCACACAACAACAUACCAAUAACACCUACAGUAACUCAACCGAUGUAUUACAUUUACAGGUAACACAACACGAAUCCUAGACAAUUAGUUACAUACAUCGGAUACAACAAGGGGCAACAUGAUGGUCACGAGCACCAACAGUCCCAGGGUGGCUCCCGUUAAUAGCCACUGUUGCGUGCCGUUGUUCGGUGGUCUCCUAUAAACAGAAUCAACGAACCGACGAUCCCAGCAUAUCGCGACAAAAAUUUUUUU